AUGCCUGAUAUCGACACUACCGGAAACGAAUCGGAAGCUAAUAGCUUUAACAUUCGCCAAGCUUCGAGUCACAGAGGACCUGAAGCUCGCAAGCGGUUCGCGAGUCAGUUAAUGUUACCUGAGUGGAUGAUCGAUGUUCCUGAGAAUCUAAGCAGAGAUUGUGUUCAAAAAAUAUCUAGGGGUUACUCGCUUUAUGAAUGUACAGCAGAGUUCAGGUUCUUUUGGUUGCAGUCAAAACCUGACGAGACUGGUAAUGCGUAUGAGUUUGAGCAGCAUGCUAAUUGCAAGACAAAGCACCCAAACAAUCACAUAUACUUUGAGAAUGGAAAGACUAUUUAUGGAGUUGUUCAAGAGCUCAAGAAUACACCUCAGGAGAAGUUGUUUGAUGCUAUUCAAAUUGUAACAGGAUCUGAUAUCAACCACAAAAAUUUCAACGCCUGGAAAGUUGGGACCAUGACUGCGAUCAAGGAUGGAUUGUUGUUCUAUAACAAACAUGCACAUUAUCAUACUGGGAAUACUCCUCUGGUGUUGAUAUGGAAGGAUGAGAGGUGUAGUCAGUAUGUCACUGAUACAGACAACAAUGGACAAGUUUUAAACCAACAUAUUGUGUUGGAGUUGCAAGAUGAUGGGAAAAUUGAUCCACCCGUAGUAAUUAAUUGCUUGAAUGCAGAUUUUAUAAAACAGGAUGAGAGAAACGAUCAGGCACUUGGCGGUUCUCAUUGGUCCGAAGGUUGCGUUUUGGCGAUGGAGUUUUUAAACUACAGUCCCGGUGACAUGAAAUUUGUGAAUGGUACUGAAAGAUGA